GGGACUAAUAAACGAAUGACGUCAGAUUCAACGAGGGGGCGGGGAAAUAUCCGCAGAGUGACACCUCGCGACUGUCUCCGCCUCUCUCUCAGCUGGACUCACCUGCCAGGUUACCUUUACUUCCCCCGGGAGAAACAACUAAAGUGAGCUCGGUACUUCUUUCCGACAAAGCCCAGGAUUGUGUCGGUAAUGUGACCAGAGUGAAAGCAGAAAUCAAUCAAAAAUGACCAUAGGAAGCUGGAAGAAGCUAUGCUAACAGUUAGUGUGAACAAGUAUUGACUGAAAAGAGAGAAAAUUAAGAUAAGAAGCUUGAAAAAAUGUCUGGCCAAGUCAGUGUAGUCACAGACUUAACCGAGGAGGAUGCACUUUCACCUGCAGAGCCACACAUAGCAGGAAAUAAAAAGCCAGAAGAGAGCAAGAGCAAAGAGGAAAGACGGGAGAGUACGGACAAGGGAGGAGAAGACUCAAAGGAGGAAGAGGAGGAGGAGGAGGAGGAGGAGGAAGUGAUCAGCUCUGCUCAUCUGGAGCCAAGCACUCUGCCCUGGCCUGGAGACAAAGACAGGCCUCAGACGGACAACGACGAUGGAGUUUGGUCCGAAGAGAGAGACACGGGGGUCAGUGGGGGGAGCCAGGACCUGUCAGAGGAGCACAGAGACAUGAAGAGCAGCAUGAAGAGCAAGUGGAGGGAGAGCAUGCCUGAAGGAGAGAAGUGGAGGGACGACGAGCUGGAGGUGCAGCGUGAUGAUAAAGGGGAAGGCUCCCUGGCAGACGAUGAAGAUGAGGAGGAGGAAGAAGGGGAGUCAAACUGGAGGUCAGAUAAAGCUGCUAUGGGUUUUUCUCCACAAGUCACCAUCGUGCGGCCGUCCAGCAAAGAGCUUCUUGAGGAGAGCCGGAUGUUCAUAGAGGACGACGAGAAGGAGCAGCAGGCGGAGCACGGCGCAGCCAAUCGGUUUCAUCCAGAGUGGAGAGAGCAGGACGACAAGUUCUACCUGUGUGAGUCUCUCUGCAGUGAGAAGCUGAAGCUGGUUCUGGGGACGGCGGCUGCAGCGUUGCUCUUCCCUCUGCUGGUGUGGGGGGGCUACGCCCUCAUUCCCUUUGAGUCCCCACUGCUGCAGAGCACCCCCCUCAGGGUGGUGUACACUCUGCGCUGCGCCUUCUUUGCCAUCAUCCCCAUCAUGCUCGGUGUGUUGGUGCAGGGCGUGGCCCGGCUGCGCUACAGCGCCCUGAAGCCCCUCUACGAGAGCACCCUGGUGCACAGAGAGGUGGCCGUGCACUGGCACUAUGUCAACGAAUCGCUGGCUCUCUUCCUCUUUUACUUCCUGCAGCUCACUGUCAUGGCAACCUACAUCAGCCAGGACCUGGUCAAACUGGUGCCGCUGCUCACCAUCAUAUUUGUCUUCGGCAGGCUGAUCUACUGGCUCUGCCUCUCUCUGGGCAGCAGCUUCCGGAGUCUCGGCUUCGGCUUCUCCUUCUUCCCCAUAUUGGUCAUGCUGGGGGUCAACCUGUACUACAUCUGCUCGUCUGUCGGGCCGGAGUCAGUGUUUGAUGUCGAGCCUCCAACAUCAGCUCCUCCCCCCAGGCAGCGCUGGUGGGGUUAAAGGGGGACGUCCAAAAAGACGACAAGGAGAUAAGACACAAACGACUAAAAACACCUUUUUCACAUCACAUCACACCUGCACCUUGAAUCCCUUCUUCUGUGUCUUAAAUAUGACUGCAAACUCUCCUUGGGUAGUGUUUUUAUUAUUAAAAUAAUAACGAUGUGCUCUCAAAAGACCCUCCCAGUAAUGGCCACUGUCACUAUUUGUUAUGCUAUCUGCAGUGACAAACACAGAGUUUCUUGUGGCUGUGCGAGUCCCUUGUGCUUCAAAAGACAGUUGGUAAUGCUUGGUUUGAUUUCGUGAAAUCCCAAGGAUUAGAUUUUUUUGUUUUUGAUAAAAAAAAUGUAGGCCUUUUUUGCUUACAAAGAUAUAAAGCCUGUUGGGGGUUUAUUUGUAGUUUGAAUCACUGGAUUGAAAAAAGGAAAUGCUAGUUCAGAGAGGAAGUUGAAAAAGUUUACAUAAAAACAAAAAAGCUCCUGUGUACUUGCAAAUGAAAAAAGGAUGCUCUCAGGAAGGGCUUUAAUUACUUAACUAACCUUCUGUUCAAAAUCGACAGUGAAAUAAUAUAAAUGAGGCUUUUGAAUUAGAAGUGUUUCUGUUGAGGCAUCCAGUGUGUCGACGUGAUGCAGCAGAAAUAAAAGUAAGAACUGAUAUUGUAAAUAUUUACUAUCAAAAUUAUUUUGAGAUUGAAUUAACUUUUUUUUAUGAAUGUUCACAUUUUUAUUUUUGCACUCUUGGUAUUAAUGGUAAUCUUAUGACGUAAUAUGUAUAUGUGAGACUGAUGAAUGCAUCUUUGUGUUAUUGAUCAAAGGCUUUUCUUUCUUUAUGUCAACAGAAGUUGUCUGUUUUUGGGCAGUGUCUUUUUUUUUAUUGUGAAAAUGUUUCCAGCCUGAGUCAAGUUUAAGCAUUUUUUCAAUAAAGCUUUAACAAAUGAUACUCAACAUUGUGCGGAGGCUGAUGAUUCAGAUCUGACUGAGGGGAUGUUUCUGAAAUAAAGGGACUAACAGCA